AUGGCUGGUACUGUUUAUCGACCCCUGAUCAACACGAUUCAAGAUAUUCGGGUGCUCAGGAUUCUCCCUGGGAAAACAGGGCAUUUUGAUGAGCCUCUGGAAUGUACAUUCAAAUAUGUCUCUUUAGCUGAUAAGCCUGAUGUUGCUGCACUUUCUUAUACCUGGGGCGAUGUUCUCUAUCACGAAGAUUAUCCUGCUAGUAAAAUGAUAGCCAAGAAUCAUGUGGGAGCUUCGCCAUCGAUUUCCAAUACUAUUGAUGGAGUGCCCGUGAAAAUUGUGGAAUCUGUCAGGAUUCCUCCCAACCUACCUCUCCUGGAUGGCAAAUUACAGUUUUCGGAUCCAGCUGCCAAACCCAUGGAACUUCUCGAUCUCCUCCAAACCUUCCGGAAGUUUGAAUGUCGAGAUCCACGCGACAAAGUUUACGGAUUAGUAGGACUAUCCACACAAUAUCAAAAGCAACUGGCAAUCGACUAUUCAAAAGACGUAUCUGAAAUACAUAAAGAUGUCGCGAGGUUAAUCAUCGAAACCACCCAGAGAUUAGAAAACAUUUGCACGGAUGAAAAGGCAGCAUUUGACUGUCGACAAGGCUUGCAAGAGAAACCAUCUUCGUUACCAAUAUGGAUACCGAAUUGGUCUUGCAUCCGGGAGGGCACCGCACUCUGUCCUGGACUCCUAUGA